GGUUUCUGAUGUUUUGUCUCUCUGAUUGAAAAAGGUAAAAAGCGCUACGCUUAAUUUGCUUGCUAGGGCUCUUACCUGAUUUUUGGGUGAUAACUUAAUAUGCUUAUACAGUGUUGCAAAAUCAUCUUGUCGACUAGUUAACUUGUCUUUGUGGGUUUCCAUCUUCAAUGUUUCAGUACUCUAUGUAUGCAGGUAUUAUCGGGCUUUUCAAGAUGGGUAACAAAGCUACAACGGUGAAAGAAGAACGGGAAGAGAUCCACUUGAAGAUUGUACCUCCAUUGGACAAAGUUUUUCUACGUUGGCUCGCGAGAGAUCUACGAAGAUUUCAUGGAUUCAUACCGAAGAACAACACUCGUGCGAUCACUCCUCCAGAUAGCUACAUCGAGUUUAUGCGGCUAAAUGGAUCGCUUGAUGUGGAUUUAGAUGACCCUGAUCUUGCCCAUCUGUUCAAGUAAAAAGGUUCUUGGGUGUGUUUGUCUUGUAUGAAGCUUUCAAACUCCUAGUAUACUUAAGCAUGUGUAAUGAAAAUUGUCUUUAAAG